AUGGGCUUCCCAGAAACAGGCUUUAUAGAUAGCUGGAACAGGACUAUCAUGUCCAAAUUCAUUCUAAUGGGCCUCCCCCAUAUUCCAGAGAUGGGGACCUUGCUCUUUUUGCUGUUUUUGAUCAUCUACUUCUUUAGCUUAAUGGGAAACUCUCUUAUCCUGGUGACCAUCUAUGUUGACUCCCACCUACACAAACCUAUGUACUUCUUUUUAGCGAACCUCUCCUUCCUUGACUUCUGGUUCUCCACUGUCACCCUUCCUAAGAUGGUUCAGGGUUUCCUGGAACCUGGUGGCAGUGUCAUUUCCUUCACAGGUUGUCUCAUUCAGAUGUUUUUCUCCCAACUGCUGGGAAGCACUGAGUGUUUCCUGUACACAGUCAUGUCCUUUGACCGGUAUUUGGCCAUCUGCCAACCACUGCAUUACAGCACCAUUAUGGACAGGUUGAUGUCCAUCCGUCUGGCUGCUAUGACAUGGGUCAUGGGUUUUCUCCAUUCCCUUCUGCAUACAUCCUUGGCAUUCCACCUAACCUAUUGUGGAUUUCUGAAGAUAGACCAUUUCUUCUGUGACCCAACAGCCCUCUUGGAAUUGGCAUGUGAGGACACCUCUGUCAAUGAAACCAUGAUCUUCAGUAUUGGUGGGGUGGCCUUGGUCUGCUUUUUCCUAAUUCUGCUUUCCUACGGGACUAUUUUGAGGGUCAUUUUGAAGCUUGGUCAUACUGAAGGAAGGUACCAAGCAUUUUCCACUUGUGCGUCCCAUUUCACAGCUGUGGCGUGCUUCUAUAUCCCUUGCGUCUUCACCUAUAUGCGUCCCCACUCGAAGAGCACCCUAGAUAGGAUUGUGUCUGUUUUUUAUACUGUCCUCACUCCUUUGCUGAAUCCACUGAUCUACACUCUGAGGAACAAGGAGAUGAAGACUGCUCUGCACAGGCUGAGGCACAGAACAAAAUUUGCACUGGCAGAAUAA